CGCCCCGCCUUUCGUUUACAGUAAGAUCCAACAUGGCGGACGUAGCGUCGGUGGCGGCGGCCGAGGCGACGACAUCAUCAUUUCCACUGAAGACGAGCGUUGCACAACAACAACGACGACCAUGAGGGAGCGACAGAAAAAGAAAGGAAGGACGUGGGCGGAAGCCGCGAAGACGGUGCUGGAGAAAUACCCCAACACACCCAUGAGCCAUAAAGAAAUCUUGCAGGUGAUCCAAAGAGAAAGACUUAAGGAAAUCAGCGGAACGUCGCCGUUGGCAUGUCUGAACGCAAUGUUGCACACAAACUCCCGCGGUGAGGAGGGCAUCUUCUACAAAGUUCCGGGGAGGAUGGGCGUCUACACGUUAAAGAAGGACAUCUCGGAGGUGGCCACCGAGUUGUCGGAGGAGGAGUCCGAGGACAGCAGCGACGACCUGUCCGACUCGCGGAGCUCGGAAAACAACAGCGGUCCUCGGGAAGGCAGGAGGAGACGCUGGAUGAGACCGGUUCCCUCCAAGUUACCGUCGCAGCAGCAGCCGACGUCGCCGCAGCCCCGCUGCUCGUCUCCGUCCGUGGCAGCCGCCGCCGCCGCCAAGCUCAUCUCGCCCUCGCAGAAGCACAGCAAGAAAGCUCUCAAACAGGCCUUGAAGCAGCAGCAACAGCGGAACCAACGCAGGCAGGCAGCGAUGCCAUCCACUUCCAGUUCCAGGCUGCUGCUGAAGACCAUCAAAGACAUGGCCGACAACAUCACCGCCAAGACUGAUCUUUGCCUCCCCGUUGGACCCAGGAAGGUUUCUCAGCGGUCAGGUCGUCUCAGUGCAGGGCACCUGAAACGUAAUAGGUGCAAAAUCGACGUGGAGACGCCGGACUCAAUUUUGGUCAACACCAAUCUGCGGGCCGUCAUCAACAAGCACACCUUCUCCGUCCUGCCGCCAGACUGCCAGCAGAGGCUGCUGCGACUUCUGCCCCAAGUGGACCAGCAGCCCUGCACGGACGGCCUCCUCAAGGUGACGAGCUCCGCUUUGAACAACGAGUUCUUCACGUCGGCGGCGCAGUCGUGGAAGGAACGGCUGGCUGAGGGUGAAUUCACUCCAGAGUUGCAGCUGCGAAUGCGCCAGGAAAUUGAGAAGGAGAAGAAAGUGGAGCACUGGAAGGAGGCCUUCUUUGAGAGCUACUAUGGUAAAAACUCUGGACUCAGUCUUGAGGAAUCCAAAGAGCUGACGAAAGCUGAUCUAAAAUGGGAGCCGAAGCCUCGUCAGCCGAGACCGGCCUCGAGAUUGUCGGAGGAAGCGAAGGGCACCGACGACCGCAGCCGGACCAAUGGUGGCGCCGCGGUGAAAGACGCAAAGUCCGCACCUUCGCAGGAGAAGACGCAACCUCCUCCAAAAGAAUGUCUCUCCGUGCCAGAGUUGAUGAAGACCAGGCGCUCUCAGCACGCCGAGGAUCGUAGGAUGCCUGCUCCGACAUCGAGAUCAGAACCAGAGAAGCAGAAUGAAGGUGUUGCCGCGGAGACACGGGCCGAGGUGAGCGAGAAAGAGGGUAAAAUGGAAUUCCUCCCGUCUCCUGUCAAGAGCAGCCCGCCGCCACAAGCCGGGAUGGAGGUAAAAGAGGAUCCACCGCCGUCUGGGGUUAAGCCCUCCGAAGAGACGAAGGCCGAGCCGGAAUGUGCCGCAGAACCGCAGAAAAGAAAGCCUCCCGGCGAGAUGGAGGAUGAGGCCACGCCGGAAAAAAGACCGCGGAUAUCCUCAGUUUCCUCGGUGUCCUCCAUCUCCUCCGUUUCUCCUCCAGCAUCAUCCAUACCCAGCCCGGCCACACCUACUUCUGCAAGCAACCAGAGAGUUCCGCCACUCAAGAUUCCAGUGACAAGAAUACUUCCCAUCCCCGCGUCGCCGAGCCAAGUGUCGCCGAGGACGCCUCUGCCCACCUCCCUAAACAGCCCGGCCGCUCGUACCGGCGCUCGCACUUUGGCGGACAUCAAAGCCAAAGCUCAGCUCGCACGAGCGCAACGAGCUGCAGCGGCGGCCGCCGCGGCCUCCGGGGGGUCUCUCCCCGGGUCCGGUAGCGGCGCAGGCACUUCCGAGCCGACGAAAUCCUCCCCGAGUCCGAGUUUAACGUCCCCGCAUCCGUCUGCCAGGUUGCCGGUCAACACCAUCAGCGCAACUCCGUCUCGCCCUCAGGACACCCUGGGGCCACUCAGUCCAAGUCACUUGAACAUUCAGGAUGUUCGAACAGUCGGCGCGCAGCCUUGUAGCGCUCGUUCAGACUCGCGACCCGAGUGUCAGGAAACCCCUUCUGGAUCAACCCGGAUCAGCUCUUGUGUCCCUGCAAACAACCCGCUGGUCACCAGGCUCUUGCAGGGAAAAGAAGUUCCCUUGGAGCAGAUCCUCCCAAAACCUCUCACCAGGGUGGACAGCAAGAUUUCAAACGUACGCUCCAGCAAGGGCAAGACGGCUCAUUCGGCCACCGGCGGCGGUCCUGAGCAUCACCAGCGCAACACCACGGGCUGGGCCUUAUCUGACUACACCAGACAUCACAAAGAACCUCUUGACAAGGACACCCAGGAGCAGAUCUUACAGACUCUGAUGGAAAGAAAAUUCCAGCAGAGACAACCCCAACAAGGUGGUCCUACUCGCCACGGCCACCAAGCGGGUCAUGCCGAGGAGUUUCAGGAUCGGCCGUGGAUAUCCGUCGGCUUCUUGGGCCGCAAGAGGACGCCGAGGCCCGCCAUGUCCGGACACUAUCUCCUCAACGUGUCCACGUACGGCCGAGGGUCCGACAGCAAGCGGUCCCACCAGGCCGUCAUCUCGAAUGUGGCUGUUCUGAAAAGAGAAACGGCGGAUGGCCAGGAGGCGAUGCGAGAGGGGACGUUUGAGUUUAAAAUGGAGCAGCAGGGAUCGUCCGUAAGCAAGUGUGAGCAAGCGGGGAGCCUUCCGCCUUGUCCCGACAUCAAAACCGAACCGGGAUUUGAGGAUAUUGCGACAGAUGAGAACACGCCAGGGCACAAGCAAGUCAGCAAUCAAGGGAAAUCCGAGCCAUAUCUUCCACUCAAGGACCCCGGUCACCAGCAGCCGUCUGCCUUUCCAACCCCGAGGAUGUCCAUCCAUCAGGAAUCGGUUUCGUCCCGUUACGGCGGGACAAUCAGCGUUUCCGUGCCGCGCACUUUGAACCGCAACGCCGCGGGUGGCUCUGCUACCGUGCCGGACGCCGGGAGCGUCAUGUCCUUCUCGGUGACCGUCACCACCAUUCCCGCCGCCAACCCCUUGGACCCCGGCGACCGGAGCGCACCGCCGCCGGAGCCGUCCUUCAUGGAGGCCGCCGGCGUGGAGGACGCGCAGUCCAAAUGCUACUGCCGGCUGAAGGCCAUGAUCAUGUGUAAAGGGUGCGGGGCCUUCUGCCACGACGACUGCAUCGGACCCUCGGAGCUGUGCGUCUCGUGUCUGGUGGUACGAUGACACUCGGAUCGGGCCGCUUCCUGGGCGGUUGCGCCUUCGCCGCAGCAUUUACACUGGAUGGUCUUUUUGCGGGCUGCACGGUGGGCGGGUGGUUACACGUCGCAUUAAUGCGGUUCGGGGUCGGAAUCUCGGCCCUGGCCCUUUUUGCGUGCAGUUUGCUUACGGUUAUGUGGGUUUUCUCCUGGUGUUCCGGCUUCUUCCCACAUUCCCAAAAAUAUGUUAGGUUCAUGGAAGACUAAAUUGUCAAUAGCUGUGAAUGUGAGUGUGAAUGCUGGUUUGUCUCCUGAAUACAUCACUCACAAAAAAUGAGGGAGCCAAAAACUGCAAGUAAUUGAUGCCCCCCUCAGGUUUCACCUCAUUUCGGUCUGGUUCUCAAAGGAGCACCAUUCCCGACCCACUAACCUCGCUGGAUGAACUUAAAGACUUAGUACGGGACCGCGCGAUUGGUUGAUUUGGCGCCCUUCUCUCCGGCACCAUUCGCCAAUUUUUAUUGCGCUACAAACCGCUUUCACAUAUUUUGACGAACCGCUGUAGCCGCUGCGCAGCGAGACCGACAGCCCACGAAGGGUCCGUGCUCAACCAUCGGCGCCGACGAGCGGUUUGUGACGGAGUUUCUCGUGCGGCACACGUUCGCGGCUGAGCUCAACUGAACUGAGAAAGAAACGCAUCAGUUCAUGAACUUCUUCCGUUCAGUAUGUUCACUCAAAACAUUAGUUCGUUUGAACGAGUUGUUCAUGAGCAACACUCAACCGCUCCACCCCCCCACCAAAAAAGAAAAAUACAAAAUUCUUGGUACGCACAUGUGCAGUGACUUAUGUGCACCCCUGCUCAUAGAUGCCACGGGCUAGUGCCAAAGCACUACUUUUCUAUUAGACUGUACUCGGGCUGCUCCUCUCACUUCGACCGAGUUCCUUGGUACCAAGAUGACGCCGUAGCACUACUUUUCUAUUAGACUGUACUCGGGUUGCUCCUCUCACUUCGACCGAGUUCUUUGGUACCAAGAUGACGCCAUAGCACUACUUUUCUAUUGGACGGAGCCUAUGCGCCAUCUGGUGGCAUCUCUCGGGUGUUUAAGAAUGGGCACCAGAACAACAAACAGGUGUGUUUUUCAGCAAGUAAUGGAGGGUGGGUUCCCCCUAAAAAAAAAAACAAACAAAAAAAAACACAGAAAUAGGUGAAUUCGCCAUCACUAGUAACGAGGCGGGAGAAACCCGUGGAAAUUUCAGGAUGAACUUAAAAUUCCCUAAAUCCUGAACAGGUUAACUUAACUUUGAUCUCCAAACUUUUGAAUGUUCAACUGUUUACAUUUUGGGCUCAUCCUGAAAUUUUACUUGCAGCUUAAUAUCCCAAAGUUUUUGUGAGCGGUGUAUGCGGCCUGCGAUCUUACCUGCAACCCGACUGCGGAUAAGCGCUCUAGGAAAUGGAUGAAUGGUCUUUUUGCUCCGUCGCAAGCCGUUUUGAAACGGCCGUUCUUAAUCGCAUCGGUAGUCUCGUCGGAGCCAAUCUGACAACGUUUGCACUUAGCAUUAGCGUGGUAUAUAUUUUUGAAAUAUAGCUUUAUGAAAACUAGUUUUUAAAUGGGAAAAGGGAGGGAAAAAAACUAAUGUUAUUUUUGUAGAACCUCAAGACUGUUCUAGAGUUUUAAACUUUUAUUAUUAUUUUUUUUCCUAUCAGGCCUAAGUCAGUUUAAAGGCAAAAAACGGUGAAGUUGAUGAUAAUCACGGUUGUGGGAAAUACCUGCUGUUUGGCAUUUGUCAUGCACAUGUGCCAGGGAAAGUGCAACUAUUUUAUAAUAUCCCACACCCAAGACUCGCCAAGAAUCAUGUAUAGUUUUAAAGAGAGAUUUUAAAAGGAUUUUUAUCGACAUUAUGUUUUAUACAAAUCGAUGACGAUUGCACAGUCAGGAGAAAAACGCCCAAUUGAAAAGGUAGCAUGAGCGUUUGGCACUUAAAUUCAUUGAGAAGUCAUUUGUACAUAAAGACGUUCCGACUGCUUUUUCUUAUCUGUUUGUGGAUUUAAUUUCAACGUUAAAGUUUCUCACGUGAAUAAUCAUAAAUAUUUGUUUGUAAAUAUUUAAGACCAAUGCCUGGAUGUACUCGUUUUAUUUGAAACACAAAAUAAAUAUGCGGUUAAUCAUAAAUCAGCUGCGCUAAGAGUCAAAAAUCAAACGCUUUAGCAUACCGUAUUAAGCGGUAGUCGCGGUUGAGUCGGUACAGCGCGAUUUAGUAGAGGUGCAAUAUGAAAAAGAGUGAUAUAACACUUCACUUUAGUUAUAUCAAUGUAUUUGACAAGAUAAUCUUUUUUUUUUUUUUUUUUUCUCUCCACAAGUAAAACUUCCUGGAGGGAAUAGGAAAAACGCCAGUCACCUUAAAAAAAAUAAAUAAAUCUGAUCUAAUUUUGAAUCGUCUUGCUAAUAAAUCAAAGUAAUAUAUUUUAAUUAAGAUAUUUUAAUAUAAAAAUAUAUUUUGUUUUGAAACUCAACAGGGUAUGUACUCUUUUUUUCCCCCCUUUAAGUUUUUUUUUUUUUUGUUCUCCCCUCUCUAGUUUUUUUUUUUUUUUAACCAGACAGGUCACCCGAGAACUUUUAUGAUCUUAAGCACCCAGUUAUAUACAUGAAAUGUCUGCGGGGCUCUCGUGUAAUUUGUCUUCUACGUUUUUUUUGUGUGUGCGCCGUCUACAUUUGUGUGGAAAGGCCAGAGUUUUAUCCGUUAAAAUUGGGAGCUGUGGAAGCGCUCGAAGCUCUUCGUAGGUUUACAGUACGAGUGAGACGUGUUUCGUUUGGCAACAUUUCACGUCAUUGGAUUCACUACACGCCUUUUCAGAAAUAUUUCAAAACACAAUCAUAGACUAGAUUUAUUCCUCUGGGGCAAUUAAUGUGAUGAUGAGGGGUUUGGUUUGGGGAGUUCGAGGUAUAAAGCAUGAUUUAAAAUCAGGGAGCCUGUGGGCCAUACGCAGCAAAGAAACUUUUAAGCCCCAGAACGUUUAACCCACAAAUGCUUAUAAUAAACAGAUUAUUAUUAUUUUUUUUUUUAAACUGGCCCCUGAAUGGUAAAAGGUUACCAAUGGCUACUGUUUUAGAGUAAAAUGUCAUUUUGUCCUCCAUUUUAAAUGGGUGAAUGUACUAUGUGUGUUAAAAAAAAAGAACAUUUUAUCAAAAGCUAUAAAAUCUGAAAUACUAAAUGAAAUAAAAAUGUUCACGUUUUCCCUGCAUACUAAGCAAUUGGUGAAUAUAUUGUAAAUAAAUUAAUUAUACAAUAGAA